AGUGUCGUUAGACGAAUAGAAAGCUGCAGAAAAGCGACGAAUACUUGACUAACUUUGACGUUGGCGUCAUUUUUUCUCCCACCUAUCUCAAGUCGCCAGUGAUUUCUCGCUACAUGAAGUCGCAUCUUUAAAGCCGUUAACAGCGAUCGACGUAUUAAGUCAAGUCCGAUUAUUCGUGCAUUCGUGCCAAAUCGUGCGACGUGUAUCUGAAAAGACGCGACGUGUAUUUUGUUAAGAGGUUAUAGUCGUGAUGGGUGCAGCGGAGAAUUCCAUCAUACAAAUUAAUAAGUGGGAUGGCUCAGCCGUGAAAAAUGCUUUAGACGAUACAGUCAAGGAAGUACUCACCAAGAAAUAUAAUUACAUAGAAAAUUUUUCUCUUCUUGAUGGAAGACUGUUCCUCUGUGGAAUUACUGUUACUAUAGCUAUCAUAGCACUAUUAUGUGAUUACUUAUACCCAUUCCCUGCUUCUAAGCCUGUUUUAAUAGCUUGUGUCUCCUUCUAUUUUCUUUUAAUGGGACUCUUGACAUUGUAUACAACGUACAAAGAGAAAGGCAUAUUUAUAGUUGCAAUUCAAAGAGAUCCAGCAGGUUUCAAUCCUGACAUGAUUUGGGAAGCAAGUUCCUAUUUAAAAAAAUAUGACGACAAAUACAAUUUGGUGUUGUCAGUUAAAAGUACGUCAAUGGGAAUCUUUAAUGAGACAAGUGUUACGAAAUCCGUUGCGAAUUUCAUUGAUAUUAAUGGCGCAGUUAUACCAGGAUUAAUAGAAACUGUAGUAACGAACAUGCACGACAGUCUGACAUCCCAACGGAAAGAGAAGUAGCAAUAUUCUAAGAUAAAAAAUAGAGAUAAACUAAAAUCAA